CUUGCGGUUGCAAAUGGACGGUGGAAUAUCACAGACCAAAAAUCUAAACAUACCAUUAAUAGACUACACUAUUUGGCAUCAUUUCUUGAAAUGAUCUUCCUUGAUUGCUUAAUCAAUUUCGAUUCCAAACACCAUACGCGGUGGCGCAUGCAAGGCAGGGAGGGGUGUGCAGGCCCUUUGCUGCCUUAGCCACCAUUACUGCCGCUGUCGUUGCCACCAAACACCUUAGGAUAUAUUGUUGAACCAUAUUUGUGGUUCAAGCACAUUUUCUUUUCUUGACCUUCAAGAAAGGUAAUAAUUAAGGUCUUUUGUUCCUUGUGCAUGGCUACUAGCAACCAAGGGCAGGGACAACAUGGCUCGGUGUCAUCUUCGUCUUCGUCUACAUCAUCGCCGUUGGAUUCAGAGGACGAGUUGCAAAACAUGUUGCUGGCACCAAUGGCUUGGAAGAACCGAAAGUGCCUUUCCAAGCAGCUAUCAAUGGUUGAGACGCCCAGGGACAUCGCUUGGGAAAGAAAGCGUCGGCUUGAGCGUAUGAGGAGUUCUGUUCAAGAUUCUGGCGAUGAUCUCAUGGAUGAAGACCUUUAUGAGCUCAAAGGGUGUAUAGAAUUGGGGUUUGGAUUCAAUGAGGAAGAUGGUCAAAGGCUUUGCAAUACCUUGCCUGCACUUGACCUCUAUUUUGCCGUGAAUCGGAGGUUGUCGCCAAGUCCUGCUUCCACCCCGAGUAAUGUUUCCACCCCUAGUACUAGCCGUUCUUCCCUCGGCGCUCGUUCUUCGUCAUUCGAUAGCCCAAAAAGUGAUGACUCAUGGAAGAUUUGUAGCCCAGGGGAUGACCCUGAAUUGGUCAAGACUAAGUUAAGGCAUUGGGCUCAAGCUGUUGCUUGUGCUGUAAUGCAAUCAGAUGCUAUGCAUUAAGGGAUAUUACUAGAGAUGCACCUACAAAGAAGAAGAAAGAGAGAAAAGUAAAGAAAGAAGAUAAGGUUAUCCACCCUAUUUGGGUUUUUUAUUGGAGCCUACCCAUGUUUUAUUGUUGGCUCCAUUUCUAACUAUGAUUAGAACAUAUAUUGAUCUAAUCAUCACCACACUCCUCUCUCCCCUUUCAAAUUUUUUCUUCCCUUAAAUUACCUUUUAUCUCUUCAUUUACUUUUGUUCUCAAAACUUCCUCUCACAGGUGUGAAUUGAAUUCGUAUAUAGAAAAUUUCGGAGUCUUGCAUUAAAAUGCAAGUUAUU